UUAGAGCAAAAAAAAUAAUCAGAAAAACAAAUGUGAAUAAGACUACAGCUGCCGCGAUUACCUAAACAUGAAAAAAGUGCAUAUUACAGUUUUGUAUAUAUAUAUUUUCCCUUUGCAUUAAAGGUACUCACGACGUGAUUUUGCAGCGUUGAGCAUUGUAGCCAAUCACAGACAUGUCUGUUAAACGCAUUGGCCAAUCAGAGACGUGCAAAUGAGUCGCUGUGCUGAAGAUCAACGCGAGCUCAACGAGUUCUACACUUUCACAAACCUGUCAUUAUUAUUGGCAAUAAACUUUAGAUGCAAAUAAGAGAUUCACUACAAAAUAUUUGAUAUUUUUUAUGCUGCUCUGAUGCACUCCAUUAGGACUAUAGUAUAAGCAGGCUAACAAAUAAAGUAAUAUUAUUCUAAUAUGAUUAUUUCUUAUAUUGGAAUAUAUAGGAGUUAUCUGUAUAAUUUAUAAAACACUAUGGCAAGGUAAUGUUUAACUUAUAUAUAUUUUUUUUCUUUCUUAUUACAUUUUAUAUUAUCUCACACAUGGAUCACAUUUUCUAUAAUGUCUAAAAUCUAAAUCAAAAUACAUAUCUGAUAUGACUUAUAUUGUUUGUUUUAUGCUAAUUAUUUCAUUCACAUUUUCAAGGAUUAAAGAUUAAAUGGAAAAAAAUAAAAAUGAUUGCACAGCAUUCAAUUAGGUGGUGAUAUGCACUAAGCAUGUAAACAACUAAUGAACAAAAGAAGAAAGAAACAGUUGGCAUGCUUUUUCUUAGCGCCCGUUUCUAUAGUGACUCGUCGAUUCAUCGCUCUGUUGAGAAUGUCUUGAGUCUUAACCAGGAACAUACACUGAAGUAGCAUUGUCCACUAAUAAGAAUCAGUGGAGAAGGGCAAUGUCUGGAAGAUUUUGAUGCUAAGCAUUAUAGUAAAUAAAAACUACAAAAAGCCUCAAACAACUAUUUUUUUUAACCGUAUAUCAUGUUUUCAUGUCUGCCCGAUCAUACAGUACAUCCCAUUCUUGUUUUUGCAUCUGUUUCACAGAUAUGCAGAGUAUGAAAGGGCAAGAAACGCCUGCACUGAUGCUACACAGCCUGCGAUUUCCCAGUUCCUCCAGUCUCGUCCUCAGGAAGCCUAUUCAACUAAUCAUCCAAGACAGAAGGCCAUAACAAAUGCCAUUCUAAGAGACCUGGUGAUAGGAUGUAGCAUGCCUCUUUCAAUCACUGAGAAUGGACAUUUCAGACACUUCAUGUCUGUGGUUGACUCCAAGUACCAGCCUGCCUGUCGUAGGACAAUAACUUCAAAGAUAGAAUCUCUUGUUGCAGAGACUAAAGAGAAAAUAAAAGUGCUUCUUGCUAGUGCAGACCAUGUAUCAGUUACAGUGGAUAUUUGGUCAGACAGGAGAAUGCGUGGCUUUUUGGGAGUCACUGGCCAUGUUUUGGCAACAUCUGAGGGAGUUCAGCUGAAAUCAUACUUGCUUGCCUGCAACAGAUUCAAAGGAACUCACACAGGAGAACGGAUAUCAGAAGCCUUUGAUUCCAUAUGUGAUGAAUAUGACAUCAGACAAAAACUUGACUUUGUUAUUUGUGACAAUGCUGCUAAUAUGAAGCGAGCAUUUACAGUGUGUUUUCCAAAAGAGCAAGAUGGUGAAGUAACUGAUGACGACAAUCUGGAUGAUGCAGAGUUGUGGGAAGACCUCUCCAGAGGUGAAUGGGAGACUGUGGACCGCAUGAUCAACAGAGGAAGUCCUAAACGUCAGCAAUGCUUUGCCCAUACGCUGCAGUUAACUGUUGGUGAUGGUCUCAAAGAUGCACGGAUCAUGAACAGUACCUUUGCAAAAUGCUCCAAACUGAGCUCACUCCUGCAUACAUCCAGCACCUUUAAAGAUGCUUUUGAAGAUAAGUUUGGGCAGCGAGGGAUACCUGCUGCUGUGAAUACACGGUGGAAUUCAACUCUCCGCCAAGUCAAGGCAGUGCUCUCAUUCAGUCAUCAGGAACUGUGCAGUGUUGCUCAGGACACAGGCCACAGUGAGCUGGUCUUCUCAAUUAGGGAGUGGAAUCUGAUGAAGGAGCUUUGUGAUGUGCUACAGCCAUUUGCCGAGGCCACCGAUCUUACUCAGGGAGAGAAGAUUGUGACGGUCAGCUCUGUCCUCCCCUGUGUAUUGUCACUAAACCACCAUUUGGAAAAACUCAAACAGCAAGUGCGCUUUCUGAGAAGCAUGAUCCAUAACCUGCAAUGCUCUCUCAAGAAAAGAUUCCGGGGGAUCUUUGUUAAUCUGAAAAUGUUAUCAGCAGCAUCAGGAGAAGAGCUGCCAUUUGCUGACCCACUCUACAUCAGAUCAGCUGUCCUGGACCCAGCUUUCUCCAUGAUGUGGCUUCAGCAUGAUGUGCUUGUCACCGAUGACAUAAAGAAUGACAUUGUUGACAUGGUGAAAGAUCUGAUUCUACGUGAGGUGCGACCUGACACAACAUCCCAGAGUCCUGGAUUCCAAGAGGCUGAAAAUGAAAACCAGGAGGAAGAGAGCACUGGCUUAUUCUCAGAGUAUAGAAAACGCCGCAAGCAGGACACAGCCACCAACCCAGAGACACAACUAAAUAACUAUUUUGGUCUUUGUUGUGGGCAAGCUUGUCUGUCCUUCUGGGAUGCAAACAGGGGUAUCCUCCCUGCACUUUUUCCGGUUGCAAUGAGAGCUUUUUCAGUGCCGGCUUCAAGUGCCCCAGUUGAAAGGGUCUUCAGUCAUGGUGGGAUCAUCAUGAGGCCACAUCGUGCUCGGCUUGCAGACAAGACCCUCUCAAAUCUUAUAUUUUGCAAGUGCAAUACCUUGUAAAAGAGGUAAUGACUUAUGGAUGUGUGUGUGUGUGUGUG